AUGUGGUUGAUAGGCACGUUCUCCAGCGGGAUGCUGUGCCUGUGCGUCGGAAAGCCAAGAUUCACGGUCAACGACACGUUCCAGUCCAGGGUAGGCGCGUUCUGCGUGAACUUCGUCGUGGCCGCUGCUCAGCUGUUCACGGUGCUUUUUUGUUUAGUCGGUUGGGGAUGGAGCAUAUGGUGGGGUGUGAUAAUGCUCAAGAUGGCUAAGAAAUAUCAGAAAGUCAAAAUAAUUGAUCAACCCGUCGAAGCGCCCGUUGCCGUCGACCACAACCACCAGAUCUGAAUAUCUAACACAGACGUUUUAUUGUUGGAUCUUAUUGAUAUUGUAGUAUAAUUUAUUAUUAUAUCAUACGAAAUUCUUGAGUUUAAUACAUUACGGUUAUCGGAUUAUGAUAUUGUAUAUAUAAUGUUAUAAAUCGGAGGUACAAUAUCAUACAUCCAUAAUAAAAUGUAUGUUACUUGUAUUAAAAAUAAUUCAUAGUGAAAUAGUGAUUUAUAAUAAUAUACCUAGUCGUUUGAACAUUUUUGACCACCGAUAAUAUUAUAUAGUUAGCCAGUUAGCCGUUAGGUACCUAUGUAUGGAAUAUAAAUCAUAAUAUGUGUAUGUGUAAUAUUGUGUAUAUGUAUAAUAUGUAAUUGCAGAUUUUUCGCACAAUUUCCAGCGACUUCAAAAGUUACAAAUUCACAAUUUAUACCCAAACCCAAUUGAAUAAUAUGUAGGGUACCUACUAGGAUACCGUGUGCGUUUUAUAGGCACGCAAAUUGGAAGGCAACGUCAAGAUUUGCAUAACCUAUAUUGCCCAUAUAAUAAGUCUUUUGAGAUUAAACGAUAUUAUUAUCUAUGCACAUAAUAUACAAAGAAAUUAAUAAGUCGAUCGUCUAUGAUUGAGUGAAAACCGUAGGCGUGAUGAUCAAAAACUAUAAGGAGAUAGUAGGUACCCGUACCGUUCAACAACAUAAUAAUUAACUUAAAAUGAUUGCCUAAUUAUUAUAAUUGUUAAAACAAUAUACAAUAUACAUAUUAUAUAACAGGAUAUUAUUGUAUAAAUAGUUAAAUUAGGUAUACCUAAUCAAUAUUGAAAUGCAUAUUAUAUAUAGGUAUUAUAUUAUAUUAUAUUAUCGGUACAUAAUAUUAUAAUAUACAAUAUACAU